UCAAARCAAAUAAUGAUAUGACAUCUAGCAGCCAGAGGCUGAAUUAUGUGUCAAUUACAAGAAUUGCUGCAAAGCAUCUAGGUAAACCACAGGUAUCCCGACCAAUUGGACCGCGAACAUGAAAACAGGAUGUAAACACUCAACCAUCCGACCGAACGAGAGCGGUGAUUGGUUGGGUGGAGAUGCUGGAUUUAGUUGAAGUACAUUUUAGUUUCUACACGUUAAUCUCACGGACGAGAGGCUUGCUUUGUCUCGACACUUGGACGGUGGAGAGCGACUUGAAUUGACUUCGAAGGUGAGCCACCACAAAGACAAGCACGCGUUAAAUGGAAGAAAAUCCAACUUGCAUCGUGUGCAAAGCAGCUGUACUACCAAGUGAUCAGACUACAACUUUACAUAACGACGUGUGCGUCCAUCGUAAAUGCUUUGUAUGUUCAUGCUGUGGGUCAAAUCUCGACAAUACGAAUUACAAAUUGAUGGAGAAUCAGUCCCUUUCCUGCCUGCAGCAUCAUGAAUCUGAUUCAACAACAGGAGAAACAGAUUUUAUUUCUACUCUAAGAAAAUUCAAAUCUUGUUGUCUACGUGUGAAUGACAUUAAUGUCGAAGUUAACGACCUKCGAGAUGGGGAUUAUAACGACGGAAACUGCAAUUUCUGUAGUUUUCAUCCUGUAAUUACGCCAAAAUCUGGCUAUUGGAUUGAGUGUACAAGCAAGAAUUGCCCAAAGUUACGAGGUGUUUUGAAAAUGACUGAUAAAUUGGUGAACAGUUUUUUGGAUCUUGGCUCGAUCGGGAAAAAAAUCACUAAAGUCCUUCCAGAAGAGAUCUAUGAGAAUUAUUUCUACGGUUCAAAACAUUGGAACUAUUAUUCCCGCGAAGAAAAAAUAGGGCCUGUUAUAUUAUCUAUAAAACAGGAAUUCCGACAUUCUCUUGAUUUUCUAAGGGUUAUGGUACGUUCAUCAUUACAUGUCAUACAUGGUAUGAUUCCAGUCAGUGAUAUUUCUUCAAGUCCUUAUGGACAUGAGGAAGUUGUGCAAUUUUUAUCUAAAGAAAUCGGUCUUGAGUCACAGCUGAAGCCUAUCACUCUGCCGACUGCUCCUGCUGAGCUUCUGAAAAUAGAUAAGGUUUUCCUUAAAGAUGAGUACAAAGUUGGUAUAAUCUACAUGAAAGAAGACCAAACWACAGAAGAGCAGCUGUUCAAUAAUCAAGAACACAGCAAAGCUUUUGAUGAUUUCCUGGAUUUGUUAGGAGACCGAGUAAGACUGAAAGGGUUUGGGAAAUACCGUGGGGGCUUGGAUAUAGUUAAUGACUUGACUGGUACACACUCUGUCCAUGCUACCUAUGGCUCCAAGCAAAUUAUGUUUCACGUGUCAACACUUCUGCCAUUUGAACAGAAGGAUAAUCAAAAGCUGCAGAGAAAGCGACACAUUGGCAAUGAUAUUGUGUGCAUCGUGUUCCUAGAGGGCACCCAUACUGCAUUUGACCCAGAAUGCAUCAAGUCCAAUUUCUUACAUACAUUUGUAGUGGUUCAAGUUGAUAUUGAAACCAAUCCACAUUUUUAUAAAGUAUCUGUUGUUUCAAGAAAUCAAGUUCCUUUGUAUGGUCCUUCCCUAACUGAUGAGAACACUUUUGAUAAGGGACCUGAGUUUAGAAGAUGGAUAUUAAGUAAAGUGAUAAACGGUGAAAUAGCUUCUCAUAAAGCACCAAACUUUGCAAAAUUACAUCAACGGACACGUAACCAGUUGAUGAAUGAGUUAUUAGACUCUGUAGAGAACUCAUCAAGUGUYGAAAGRGAGAAAAGAGAACCAGUCCCCUUCAGGGAGCAUGGCCGAUGGAGUCAGUCCAGCAUGAGUUCCCAGGGUAGUUCGCAACAAGACCCCUUUUCUGAUAGCAUCGAUAUUAGUUACCAGCAAGCCAAAGAUUUCAGUGAAAUGAUGGGGAAACAAAAACAUGUCGCUGAUGUUCGGUUUAUAGUGGGUAAGACAGAGAAGAAAAUCUUUCUCUGUGUCAAGUCGGUGAUGGCAGCGAAAAGCAGCGUAUUACAAAAGUUGCUCAAUGAAAGUUCACCGACKACUUUGGAACARCCGCAACAAAAAACAGUCCAGAAUGGCUCGAAUUCCCCCACAACUCCGCGCACUCCAUCCUGGGGCAUUUCAGGCUCGAUUCUCUCUGGUGGAUCAAGAAGCAGAAAGUUUUCCUUGAAGAAAUCUUUGCGCUCCCAAAGUAGUGGAGAAGAUGAUGUGGUUUUGUCUUCGUAUUCUGGGCUUGAUCAACCGUCUCAGAAGAAUGGUGCUAGACAUAAUAGCAUCAAAGAUGCUAUAGCUCAAGAGUUUAUAGUUGAAGACUUCGRGCCUGAUGAAUUCGACGCAUUACUGAUGUAUCUUCAUACCGGUUCUUGUCAUAUAACCGCAAAAGUUUUACCUGGACUUCUUUGCGCAGCAUAUCGCUACGACAUUUCAGAGUUACAGCAAGUGUGUGAAGACAGCAUUGAAGUUUGUUUAGAUGAAACUACGGUUUAUACGUUCUUGCAUUCAAUGGAACAGUGUCCAGGAUACCCUGAAGUACAGCAAAUGCUGCAAAAUAAGAUUGAUGUUUAUCUUCAAGAGAAUUCCCUACAUKCACUAGAUGAAAAAGCUGCUAGUUUGCUUUCGGAGAAAAGUUUGAAGCUAAUUUUAUCAAGGGUGGAAAAGGAAUACGAGAUUUCUAAAUUCAAUGCUAUCAUUGAAUGGGCAAAAGGACAAAGUAUUAAAAUGGAUUGUUGUGUGAGCAUUGAAGAACUUGCAAAACCACUACUAUCAAACUUYGUGGAUUUGACUAAUAUUUCCCCAGAUGACUUAAUGGAGAUUGUAUAUCCAAGUGGUCUCGUGUCCAAUGAUCAACUUAUGGUUAUUAUGGCUGUAAAAGCUGAUCAUAGCAAAUCUUAAUCAUAUAYUGCUCCAACACAAAGAAUAUGUUCUAGUUUUUGUACAAAAUCCAAAUAUUUAUAUAUAUUAGGUAUUAAAUAUUUCCUAAAUGAAGUUAUUAUUUCAAACAAAUUUAUAUAAUUUAUAUCAAAUAUCUUUUUGUUAAAUUUUUCAACACAAUUUGAAUUUCUUUUUCCAAAAGAUUAAAACAAAAACAAGCUAAAAAGAAUUACACUUAUACCUAGAAGUUUUUCAAGCUCUUAUUUUAUAACUACUAUAUUAAUGUAUAUUUUGCUGCGACAAUCAUUUGUUCACAUAAGGUUUAUUAUAAAUAUUUAUUGAUUAUUUACGAAGUUAAUAUGUAUGAAGCAUUGUUCGAUGUUUGAGACCGAUUUACUUGGAGAAAAAUUAAGGAAAACAUAUUGUGGAUCACAUUUUUUGAAAAUAUAGCUAACAUUGCAUGCAUAGCAUUGUUAUAUACUCUAAAUACUGUAUUGUAACCAGUGCUGUCAAGAUCUAGAUCUAUGGGGCUGGGAUCUAGAAAGUUAUCAGGGGGUAGCCAAUGAAGAGAAGAAAUGGCAGAAUCUAGCCUGCAUAGCAGCUCUAGGUGAGGGGAGGUCUGGGGAAAAGGGAAAAAAAGAAAGAAAAGCCAGGGKUUUUUUUACCUCCCCUUCGGUUUUCCCUUUCCCUCCUUCCCCUACGCAGGCUGAGCAGAAUCAGAAUAGUAUUAUAAACGUAUUUUGUCUAGUGAUCAUAUCACAAUUGCUACCAUGCAUCUGGUAAACCAGUGGACCCCUCCCCCCCCUGAUUUUGAUUACUCAAUGACAUGCAACUGUAAUUGCAGGCUUAUUGAUAAAUAUGAAUAUCUGUUUUCUUGUAACAAUUCAAUUUAUUUUGAAACCCAAGAAAAAUCUAGCACUAGUAUUAGUAAUAGUUUUGUUAUUGUUAUUCUGRAGUAAAUAAAUAAAUUACAUUCACAAUU